GGAAGGUUUGGAGCUCGGAGCGGAGGACUCUCGUUGUUUUACUGCAUUUCUCCGCCAGGAAUGGUCCAAAUACUUUCCAGGAUUCGUUAAAAAAGAGACAGAAAAACCGUUUGGUGAAGUAAAGAUAAGCCCGAUCGAUAUUUGGCUUCCGGAUAUAAUGUUAAAGAGACUUGAAGAACUUUAGGAGACAGUUUUCCAGGAGAGCGAAACGUUUUGGGAUAAAAGGACUGGAGUACCUAAAAAAAACUACCGCAUUGCCUCCACUCAAGUGGCUUCCUAGCUGUGCUCUGCGGAUGACCCGCUGCCGAUGCCCCACAGAUCUGAAUGGAGUUGCAGUCGCAGAGAAGCCAGCAGUUGUAGCUCCCUCAGCAGGAUGCUGAUGAGGCCAAGAAUACUUCUGUUUCUGGCUUUAUUUGCCCAAGUUUUGAGAACCCAGUGCCGGCCUGCUAACACGGAUGACGCCUCUGCGGAAACACAAGCAGGGCUGUUCACCUUCUACCUCGGGGACCGCCUCUACCUGAGCUGCUCGGCCAAGGACUCCCCGCACCCCGUCAACUGGACCAAAGACCAUGUGGCCGUGGUGGACGGAGAGCACACGCACGUCCGCAGCGGGCAGCUGGAGAUCGAGGCCGUGGAGCUGACGGACUCGGGCCUGUACACGUGCACCACCGUCGGCAACCACAGCGUCAACUUCAAUGUUACAGUUGAAACCCUGGCCUCGUCGGAGGACGACGAUGAAGAUGAAGAGUCUUCAUCAGAGGAAGCCAAACUGGGGAGCCAGAAACUGCUGCCCAUGGCCCCUGAAUGGGUUCAUCCUGAGAAAAUGGAGAAGAAGCUUCAUGCUGUUCCAGCCAGUAAGACGGUGAAGUUCCGAUGCCAGGCCAGCGGAAACCCGACUCCCACUCUCAAAUGGUACAAGAACGGGAAGGAGUUCAAGAGGGACCAUCGCAUCGGAGGCUUCAAGGUCCGUGACCAUGUGUGGACCAUCAUCAUGGAGUCCGUAGUCCCCUCUGACAAGGGCAACUACACCUGCGUGGUGGAGAACCAGUACGGCAGCAUCAAUCACACCUACCAGCUGGACGUAGUCGAGCGGUCCCCCCACAGGCCCAUUCUGCAGGCCGGCCUGCCGGCCAACCGCACCGCCGUGGUGGGCAGCGACGUGGAGUUCGAGUGCAAAGUGUUCAGUGACCCUCAGCCGCACAUCCAGUGGCUGAAGCACAUCGAGGUGAACGGCAGCCGCGUCGGCCCCGACGGUUUGCCGUAUGUUCGUGUCCUCAAGCAUUCUGGGGUCAAUAGCUCGGACGCUCAGGUGCUGACCCUCUACAAUGUGACUGAGGAGGAGAGCGGAGAGUAUAUAUGUAAAGUGUCCAAUUAUAUAGGGGAGGCCAAUCAGUCGGCCUGGCUGACUGUCACCAAAUAUGAGCCCACAGCUGUCCCACACUACCCUCCGGCCAGCCACACGUACCUGGAGGUGGUCAUCUACUGUGUGGGCUUCUUCUUCAUCGCCGUCAUGAUCGCCAUCGCGAUCAUCGUCAAGAUCCGCACCUCCUCCAAGAAGAGCGACUUCAACAGCCAGAUGGCCGUGCACAAGCUGGCCAAGAGCAUCCCCCUGCGCAGACAGGUAACAGUGUCUGUGGACUCCAGCUCCUCCAUCCACUCAGGAGUGAUGCUGGUCCGUCCCUCCCGCCUCUCGUCCAGCGGCUCCCCCAUGCUCUCAGGGGUGUCCGAGUACGAGCUGCCGCAGGACCCCCGCUGGGAGCUUCCCCGGGACCGGCUCGUUCUCGGGAAGCCGCUGGGCGAGGGAUGCUUCGGUCAGGUGGUGAUGGGCGAGGCGCUCGGCCUGGACAAGGAGAAGCCGAACCGCGUGACCAAGGUUGCAGUGAAAAUGUUGAAAUCUGACGCUACAGAGAAGGACCUGUCGGACCUGAUUUCAGAGAUGGAGAUGAUGAAGAUGAUUGGGAAGCACAAGAACAUCAUUAAUCUGCUGGGAGCCUGCACGCAGGAUGGCCCCCUCUAUGUGAUCGUGGAGUAUGCCUCAAAGGGUAACUUGCGGGAGUAUUUGCGAGCUCGGCGCCCGCCAGGAAUGGAGUACUGUUACAACCCAGACCAGGUUCCUGUGGAGAACAUGUCCAUCAAAGACCUGGUGUCCUGCGCUUAUCAAGUGGCCCGAGGCAUGGAGUAUCUGGCCUCCAAAAAGUGCAUCCACAGAGAUCUGGCUGCUCGCAAUGUUUUGGUAACAGACGACAAUGUGAUGAAAAUAGCCGACUUCGGCCUGGCCAGAGACAUCCACCACAUCGAUUACUAUAAGAAGACCACCAACGGUCGUUUACCAGUCAAAUGGAUGGCUCCCGAGGCGCUGUUUGACCGGAUAUACACUCACCAAAGCGACGUCUGGUCGUUUGGGGUGCUGCUCUGGGAGAUCUUCACGCUGGGAGGGUCUCCGUACCCGGGCGUCCCGGUGGAGGAGCUGUUCAAGCUGCUGAAGGAAGGUCACCGCAUGGACCAGCCCUCCACAUGCACUCAUGAAUUGUACAUGAUGAUGAGGGACUGCUGGCACGCCGUACCCUCUCAGAGACCCACGUUCAAGCAGCUUGUGGAGGAUCUAGAUCGCUGUUUGGCCAUGACAUCCAAUCAGGAGUAUUUAGAGCUCUCCGUGCCUCUGGACCAAUAUUCCCCGAACUACCCGGACACCCGCAGCUCCACCUGCUCCUCCGGCGAGGACUCGGUUUUCUCCCACGAUGCCGGAGCAGAGGAGCCGUGCCUGCCAAAGUUCCCCCCCCACUCCAACGGGGCAGCCAUUAAGAAACGCUGAUACCUCAUCUUCGUUCAGACAGACGUUGACAUUUCCUCUGCUCCUUGCCUCGUGGGGUAGGACUCGUCCCCACGUUCCCAGAGAUGAAGCUAAAAAGAAAAAAAAAAAAACACUGGUGCUCUGUGAGGAAGGAGCCUGGAGACACCUUGCAGAACGUGUUGGA